AUGAUCGUGAAGGAUUGGGUAAAAUUGAAAAAUGCAGAAGAGAAAAGUAUGAUGAUCCGAAGGGCACGGAGUGCACGUAUAAUUAUUACAUUCGCAUACUGCAUAAUGGGAACAGGAUGUUUUUUUCUUAUCGUUCUACCUAGUUUUGGAAUAUCAAUGAGAGACCUCACCAACAUUACUGACUUAGGCAGACCAAUGCCCCUACAAACUCAUUACAUUUACGAUAUAACAAAAAGUCCACAGUACGAACUGAUAUUUAUUAGUCAAUCUGUUUAUAUCAUUAUUACCAUGAUGUUCUAUAGUGGAAUCGAUAAUUUUCUCGGGCUGUUAGUUUUCCAUAUAUGUGGUCAAUUAAAUAUAAAGCCCAUUCUACAAUUGCGCUUUAUGAAGAACCGUUUAACAAGUUUGGAUAAAUGUAAAAAUUCUCAUGAAAUACUAAACAGUUGUAUAACAAGACACAUACGCUUACUUAGAGUCAUUGAUAUGAUUGAAGAUACAUAUAAUAUAAUACUUCUCUUUUUAUUCGUAUAUUUUGCGAUUCUUUUCGCUUUUUAUGGUUUUCGGAUAAUUAUUUUAUUUGACGAAGGAAAUGAUAUAGGAGUUGGCUAA